CAUGCGCUAUCCAUCCCCGUCCAAGGGGUGAGAAAACUGAGUCAUGGCCACCUGAGAUCUUCGGGACCUUAAUUUCGCAGAAGGUCCUCGCCAAUCGUAAAUAUAACUGUUAGUUUUGCUUUUUUGCACGACCCGCAGUAGAAUUCUAAAUCAGAAUCGUAUUCUGCAUGAUUUUUUCGCUUAGUAAUACCCGGUGCAAACCCGUUGUGAGACACGUGCAGCAGUAGAUGCAAGGAAAUCGAUAUGAUUUGCGAAAUAUCUGUAAAAUCGGCUUUUAGACCAUUUUUCUGCUUAUUUUCUGAAUUUAAACGAGAUAUACUCGUGUCGGAACUAAGUAGAAAUCACGGGUAACGUAGAUUAUUCGAUAUUCGUUUGAAUUUCGCCAAAAAAAUCACACAAAAAUGCAUUGCAAAAUGAACAAACCUCCAUUUUAAUAGACUGAUAAAAUUAGAGAAGAAAACAUCAUGUUGGAACCAUACUCUCCCAGCUCACUUUGGUUGGUUAUUUUGGGUUUUAUCAUAGCUUUUGUCCUAGCUUUCGGAAUAGGAGCUAACGAUGUAGCUAACUCUUUCGGUACUAGCGUAGGCUCUAAAGUACUCACCAUAGUCCAGGCAUGCUGUUUGGCUACGUUUUUUGAAGUUGCCGGAGCUAUUCUAAUAGGUUAUAAGGUUUCGGAUACAAUGAGAAAAGGCAUUUUGGAUGUAAACGUGUAUAAAGAUGGUGAAUUGGAGCUUAUGAUGGGUUCAAUUGCUGCUUUAGCUUCUAGUGCUGCCUGGUUGAUGGUAGCGACUUUUUUCAAGUUACCAAUAUCGGGUACUCAUAGUAUCGUGGGUGCCACAGUGGGCUAUACGCUGGUAGCUAGAGGAGCGGAUGGUGUACAGUGGUUAACUCUUGGAAAAAUCGUUGGUUCGUGGUUUAUAUCACCCAUUCUAAGCGGCCUAUGCUCCAUCACCAUCCUGUGGAUCAUCGAACGCUGCAUCCUACAGAAAGCAGACCCCUUGGAAGCCGGACUGACUGCUCUACCGUUGUUUUACAGUUUUACCAUUCUGGUUAACGUAUUCUCCAUCGUAAUGGACGGACCCAAACUGCUCUACAUGGAUAACAUACCUCUUUGGCUGGCAACAACGAUCAGUUUAUCCGUAGCUGUGUUAUCCAUGCUGAUUAUUUGGUUGGUUGUAGUGCCAUGGCAAAGAGAGAUUAUUAGGAGAGAAAUGAUCGUAGAGUCUACCAAAGUUAAUUUUAAUAUCGGGGAAUCGUCAGAUACUUCACCAGAAGCUAGCCCCAAAAAGUCCAACAGAAACUCGACCUACUCAGACCGUCAAUUAACAGUAAUAGCUGAACAUACCGAAUUAAAACAGUUGGACAACCAACUUACGGCUUCUAAGUACAUUUUUCCCGCAGAGUCUGCCGAA